AUGAAAGGAUCUCUGAUUGCUCUGGGCUUGGCAUCGAGUGUCGUCGCUUCUCCUCUUGGAUCUGGAUCCGAGCAUAUUGUUUUUCAAUCUACGAUUUCUGUGAAUCUGGAUUCAGUUCACAAUGUUCAUAUUGACUACACAACAACUGAAUUUGCUGGCGAUCUUCAGAUGCACUAUGGAGAUUGCGGUGUAACAGAGGCGAGCAACGCUCAUCACUUCAUCGGACGAACAGAUAUAAGCAAAUACGCUCGACCAAAGCGAUUUGUAUGGAUUGUUCCAAAAGAUGCGAAAUCGGGAGGCUGUCUUCAUGCUUUCUCUGGAAAUGAAAUUGUUGGACGGUCAGCGCCGGUUACGAUUAGUGCUCGUAUGAAGAAGCGAGAGGCAAUUGCGGAUGUUGCUGAUACUUCGGGCCCAUGGUUCGAUGGAGUUGCCUAUAUGAAAUCGAAAACAAACACGGAUGCGUUUGUCACCGAAGCUAAGAAUAAGACGAUCGCAAUCGUCGGUGGUGGAAUGUCUGGUCUCAUGACUAGUUUACUGCUGCAGUCAGUAGGUAUCAAGAACUGGGAAAUUAUGGAGUCAAGUCAACGUGUUGGAGGACGCAUUCGUACAAAAUAUCUAAACGGUACUAAGCCAUCGGAUUAUCAGUACCAGGAGAUGGGUCCUAUGAGAUUUCCUGUCAGCAUCACUUACAGUAACAACGACACACUCCAGAUCAAGGAUCACCAAAUGGUAUUCCAACUCGGUGAUGUUCUCAACAUGCUCAACGGCAACAACUCGGAAUUGGCGGUCAAAUUCAUUCCAUGGAUCCAAUCUAGUGCAAAUCUUCCUGCCAAUUCAAACGGCGUUCGUCUUCCUGAUGGCAGAAUUCCAAGUGCUGCUCAAAUCAGGGCAAACUCAACACUCAGAGGACCAUCUCAGACUCCUUCCAAUGCUACGGAGGCUGCAAUUGCAUCAGAUGCGCUUGAGGAGUUUGAACACGCGGAUAAAGCAACUAUUGCUGCAAUUGCCACUAAUGUUUACAAGGCCCAUAAAGCCGCUGAGGAAGAUGGUCGUUUUGAUUUCUCGGCUGCUGCUUAUCUCCGUUAUGAGAUUGGUAUCUCUUUGAAUGUGACAGAUUUCUUAGCCGGUGCUGGGAGUGAUCCACUCUGGGAUUACGAUACUGGAUACUUCAGUGCAACCACCUGGCGAACAAUUGACAAAGGUCUUGAAUCUCUUCCUCGAGCAUUCAUGCCCCAUGUUCAGAACAAAACUACCUUCGGACGUUAUGUAUCUGGCCUCACCUACAAACCCGACUCUAAGAAGAUCGCCGUCAACUGGCGCGAUGCAAGCGAUAAACUUACAAUGCAAGCCAAAAGCAAAGACUUCGAUUACGCCGUAGUCAGCGUCCCCUUCAGCAAAGUCCGCGCCUGGAGACUCCCACGCUACUCCUCCCUCCUCUCCCGCGCCAUCUCAACCAUGAACUACCAACCCUCCUGCAAAAUAGCCCUCCACUACAAAACCCGCUUCUGGGAACACAUGUCCCCUCCCAUCAUCGGCGGCUGCGGCUCCACCGACAUCCCAGGCGUCGGCUCCGUCUGCUAUCCAGCCUACAAAAUCAACUCCACAGGGCCAGGUGUCAUCCUCGCAUCCUACAUCUCAGGCACCAUGGCCGUCUCCGUCGGCUCCCUCAGCACCGCCGACCACGUCGCCAUGAUCCAGCGCGCCAUGGUUGAGGUUCACGGCCCGAUCGCCGCUGAACAAUGGACGGGCAAUUUCGACCGUCAGUGCUGGGAGUCUGACGAGCAUCAGGCGGGUGCGUGGGCUGCUCCCUUGGUUGGACAGCAGGACUUGUAUCUUCCUGCGUAUUACCAGACGGAGUUUCAGACGAUUUUUGUGGGCGAGCAUACGAGUUAUACGCAUGCGUGGAUUUAUUCGGCGUUGGAUAGUGCGGUGAGAGGGACGACGCAGUUACUGUUGGAUAUGGGGUUGGUGGAUGAGGCGAAGAGUGUGGUGCAGGAGUGGAUGGGGAGGUGGAUUGAGCUAUAG